AUGAAAAAAAAUCAAAUAUUUACUAAAAGUAUAAAUAUCAUACGAGAUCAUAAGUAUGAGUACAGACCUUCUUAACAAUCAGCAUCAAAAUCUUAAUAAGAAUCAGAUGAGGAGAAUGAAAAAAUGUACUCAUCCUAAAUUAUGAAAAAGGAUAUCAGAAAAAAAAUUAUUAAAAUUGAGAAUCAUAAUCAAUAAGGAAAUGUAUAAACUCAUCAUCAAUAACCGAAAAAGAAACAGAUUUUAAAUAUUAGCAAAGGGGGUAUGUUGAUAUAAUGAAUAAUAUAUUAGAAACAAAAUAACAACAUUAAUAAUAGCCAAAACGAGAAGGAUCUUUUCCAAUAUUUAUUAGAAAUUUAAAAGAAGGAUUCACAUCAAAUGAAUUAAAAUAAAUAAUCGAUGAUGAUUCUAACAUUUUAGGAAUCUAAGUAAAAUUAGUUAGUAAUUUAGAUUAACAAUAAAUAAGCUACUGUAACAUUUUCUAACUAAUACUCUGCUGAUAAAGCAAUAGGUAUUUUUAUUAAAUUUAAUAUUCUUAGAAUGCAUUAAUAAUUACAAAGAAAAAGGCUAUCAAAUGAGUGCUGUGGCAAAUUAUCAACAAUCCAGUAAAGUCAUCGUUUUAGGGUAAUUCCAAUAAGGAAGAGGAUUGAAAGAAGAUGGAAGAUUAAGAAUGGAUACCAAAGAAUCAAUAUUUGAUAGAAUUCAAACCAAGUAGCAAUGAG